GUUGUAUUUUCUAACCUUAAACCUAUCAACAUUUUUAUUUGAACGAAAGUUAUGAAAUAAAUGUAAAAUCGUGUAAACUUUUGUUUUGUGUUUAUUUAAUGUGCAUGUUUCGGUACAUAACACGAUAAAAUGGCUCCUCAAACGCGCCGGGGUGCUGUAGAUACAGACUCGGGAUCAGAUUCAGACAGUGGCUCCAGUGCAAGUCGCAGUAAGAGUCCCAGUCCUGCACCAUCUGGCAAAGAAGGGAGUAGGUCUCGAUCUGGCUCCCGCAGUCCUGCAAAAUCUGGUAGCGAAUCUCCCAAAUCAGCAAAAUCUGCCCGCUCUAGGAAAUCGUCAAACGCGUCAAAUGCUUCUCGAAGUAAAUCAAACUCUCCCGCUGCUUCUAACCGCUCAGGGUCCGCUCAUAGCAAUAAAUCGGGUUCCUCGAGCCCUAAAUCUCAUGCCUCUGGCAGUCCUCGUAGGUCGAGAUCCCGAAGUGGAUCCGGUAGCGCAAGAUCCCGGUCCGGAAGCGCUAGAUCUCGUUCAGGAAGCCCUAAAUCCGGGCCCAGAACGCCGAAAUCUCGCUCCCAAAGUCCAAAGUCUAGAUCACAAAGUCCCAAGUCCAGGUCACAAUCGAAGUCGCCAGGUCCCAAAGCUAAAAGCAGAUCGCGAUCCGGCAGCGGCAGUCCGAAGAGUAGAAAGUCAAGAUCGAGGUCUGGCAGUGCGUCUUCAAGGUCCAAAAGUCCAGUGGGUCGACAGAAUGACAGCGGAUCUAAUUCGCCGAACCUUAUGAUUGAUGAUCCACAAGAAAAGGCUAAAUCAAAGAGUAGAUCCAGAUCAGGAUCCAGACACUCAAAAUCUCGAUCACGCAGUAAAUCUAAGUCGAAGAGUCGAUCGCGCUCACGAUCAAAGAGCUCAAAUGCUUCUGAAGCAGUAGUUGACAAGAAGAAAAGAGCAGUUUUAUCAGACUCGGAGAGUGAUGCAGAGAAAGCCAGCAAGAGAAAGAAGGACUCCGACAGUGGGUCGGACACGAGUGGAAAGCCGAAGAAGAAGACAAAGAAACUUGAGGACUCUGAUGAGGAAAAUCAGGAAAAGGCUGGUGAUAAUGUAACCGCCGACGCGCUUUUCGGUGACGCGUCUGACAUAAGUUCUGACGAAGACAAGGGGAAAAGGUCUGACAGAUCCCGGUCUCGAUCGAGGUCCAGAAGCCGCAGCCGGGAUAAGUCUGAUGAUGAGAAACGCUCUGAUGAUGAACGGAAGAGUGGUGAUGAGGAAAACCGCGAGAAACCCGAAGAGGAGGAGGAAGUAGAAAUCCCGGAGACGCGUAUAGAUGUUGACAUGCCGAAAAUAUGGACAGAGCUCGGCAAGGAGCUGCACUUUGUGAAAUUGCCCAAUUUCUUGUCAGUGGAGACGAGGCCGUAUGAUCCCAGCACGUAUGAAGAUGAAAUUGACGAGGAGGAGACUUUGGAUGAAGAAGGUCGAGCAAGGCUAAAACUCAAGGUCGAAAAUACGAUACGCUGGCGCACAGUGUUCGACAAAGAAGGCAAUGCAGUAAAGGAGUCCAACGCUAGAAUGGUGAAAUGGUCGGAUGGUAGUAUGUCCUUGCAUCUGGGAUCGGAGAUAUUCGACGUGUAUAAACAGCCUUUGCAUGGCGACCACAACCAUCUCUUCGUGCGCCAAGGUACCGGUCUGCAAGGGCAAGCGGUGUUCCGUACGAAACUGUCGUUCAGACCGCACUCUACGGAUUCCUUCACGCACAGAAAGAUGACAUUGUCCGUAGCGGACAGAUCUACUAAGACAUCGGCUAUUAAGAUACUGUCGCAAGUCGGUACAGACCCCGAUGCGGAUAGGAAGUAUCAGCUCAAGAAAGAAGAAAUGGAGCUCCGCGCGGCCAUGCGUUCUCGCGCACACGCGCGGCCCAAGCGGCGCGCGGGGGGCGGGGCCGGCGGGGGCGGGGGAGGGGGGCGGGGACGGGACGAUAGCGACGACGAGGGGGGCGUGUCGCUGGCUGCUAUUAAGAAUAAAUACAAGCAGGGACAGAAGGCACAAGCCUCAGCGAUCUACUCCUCUGAAUCAGACGCAUCAGACAUGGAAACCCGUCGAGCUCGUAGACUGGACAGAGCCAAAGCUCUCAAAGACUCUGACGACGAAGGCAGCGAGGGGGGGGACAAUAACGCGUCACAAGCGAGCCACAGCCCGUCGCAUGAGGAGAGUGGCAGUGAAUAGUGCUAGAGGAUAGUGGGACGGGAUAGUGAUGUCACAGAACUUUGAUGAAUGAAAUGACACUACUGCAUAAAGAACUUACAAAAUGUUAAAAAAGAUGAUGGAGGCGCCUUUGUGGGGAUAAUAACGCAUCAAAGGAACGCAUUGACUAUCCCAUUAAUGAUGCGGGAUAGUGAAAUUAUGAUUGAAAGGGACUUUAUUUGAGUAGAAUUUUUAUUCAGUACUACAAAUUAAUGUUGUAAAAAUGUAAAGUUAUGCUAGUUAUUCUAAUAUCAGCUCAAGAACGACUAAACCGAUUUUAAUGAUUUCAGUGUUUCAGUAUUUGGUUGUAACUUGUAAAAGAAAUAUAAAUGUGACUGCUACUUUGAGAAAAAGGCGUGAGUGAGGACUUUAGAAUAAGUAUUUUUAUUAUUUACUUGUAAAUAGUUAUUGUAAUAGUUUUAUUACUGAAUAAAUAAAUGAUAAAAAUCCAA